GAUUCCUCGGGCGACACGAGCCGGGGAAAGCAGUCCUCGUUCGUUCAGUCGAUAAUGGAAUACGUUAUCUCCACAUUUCGAGGAGGCACGAGGUGGGCAGCUAGGUGCGUCUGCCGGGCUUUUAAAUUGGACGGCAAAAACCGGCGGGGUGGCUCGAGGAUACCGAAAAAAGAAGACGGGAUUCGCGAUGCGAUAUCUCCGUCGCGUAUAACAGAAAGCGGAAGUCGUAUAACGGAUAAGAGGAAGAUAAAGCGGUGCACCGCAAACGACAAGAGCAAUCAUCGGGAACUCGAGGGUAGAACGAGAAGCUGCAGCGUAACAGGAAAUUUCCCCCGCAAAGAAAAUCCCGGAAGUUUGCGUUCAGCGUCGAAAGAGGGUAGCAGAGAUUGUCGUUGCAGAGUUAGAAAUGCGCGAUGUCAAACUUCGGUCAGUAACGGCGACGUUUUAAAGAAAGGCAAAGUGCAUCACGCAAAGUCCACCUCGAACCACUUCGGUGGAAGGAAAAAGAAGAGGGGACGUAAAAAAUGGAUCGUUCCCAGGACUGGCGGGUAUAACAAAACGCCAGCGCUCUUACCUCAGCGUCAUUAUCAGAUCAGAGACAGUCUCGAGCUGAUCAAGUUGGAAAAUAUUAUCGAGGAUAUCGGAAGCGGGGAACAGACGGCGGAGGAAGGGGGAAAAAAAUUUCCAUCCAAAUUUGACGACGGGAACAAAACGGAGGAACCGAGCAAUCGAACGAUCGAUUUCGAUCAGCCGGAUGAGAACGACGAGGAGUUCUCCGAAACUCCGACGAUUCGGGACCCCAGUUACGGUGACGAAAUCGAGGAACACUAGAAUUAGAACUGCAAUAUCGUAACGUCGCACCUACGCUUAAUCUCUCGUUGAAGAUACUCGUUUUUCGAACAACGAAUCUGAGAGUUCGUCCGUCAAUAAUCGCCAUGCAAAAUAUAUUUUAUAAUUAACGUUAACGUUAAUUAAAAUGAAAAACUUAUCGUCGUGUCACGCGAGUGUCGCGGUCCGCCAGAUACUCACUACACAUUAUACGUAUACACGCAACGUGGUUGUCCUCUGUA